CAGGAUGACGGAUUGGGACCCAGCCACGCCCGCGGUGGCCGAGACCCCGGACAUCAAGCUCUUCGGGAAGUGGAGCACGGACGACGUGCAGAUCAAUGACAUUUCCCUGCAGGACUACAUUGCAGUGAAGGAGAAGUAUGCCAAGUACCUGCCCCACAGUGCAGGGCGCUACGCCGCCAAGCGCUUCCGCAAGGCCCAGUGCCCCAUCGUGGAGCGUCUCACCAACUCCAUGAUGAUGCACGGCCGCAACAACGGCAAGAAGCUCAUGACUGUGCGCAUUGUCAAGCACGCCUUCGAGAUCAUCCACCUGCUCACUGGUGAGAACCCUCUGCAGGUUCUGGUGAAUGCCAUCAUCAAUAGUGGCCCCCGAGAGGACUCAACACGUAUUGGGAGAGCCGGAACAGUGAGGCGGCAAGCUGUGGACGUGUCUCCAUUGCGCCGGGUCAACCAGGCCAUCUGGCUACUGUGCACAGGUGCUCGUGAGGCCGCCUUCCGGAACAUCAAGACCAUUGCGGAGUGCCUGGCCGAUGAGCUCAUUAAUGCAGCCAAGGGCUCCUCCAACUCCUAUGCCAUCAAGAAGAAGGACGAAUUGGAGCGCGUGGCCAAGUCCAACCGUUGAUCUCCUGGCUGUGACCCAAUAAACCUGCCUGCCCUUUGGGG